GGGUCCAAACCUCGGCUGGAAUGGCUGGCUCUGAGUCGGAGAGAAGAGUCAGUCAGUGUGCCGUUAACCGCGGUUGGGUGAACGUGUCGUGCUCCAUACUCCGCUCUCUCAAACAGUGAUGCGAGUUGAAGGGUAAAACUAGUGACAUCAUCAUGAGCUUUGGCAAGUUGCUGUCGUCGAGUGGUAUUAACUGUGAGAUGUGAACAGCUGUUGUGUGAUAGUCAUUGAUAAUACAAGAACAUUGACGAUGAUAUAUCAAACCUCAUUACAGAGAUAGUACAGUACUGUAAUGUGCUCUGAUAAGCAUACAGGACAAUACAAUACAGAACCCAUGUGGUAGUGCUGAGAGACAGUAGUGUGGGUUUACCUUACAGUACAGUUUAUAAUGUAGUUUGUACAGCACACAUGAGAGACAAGUUAUCAUAAAGUGUGUGUGAGACUGACCACUCAACCUAGGAUGUUUCUUACCCGCCCCUGAGGAAGGAGUGCUGAGGUACAAGUGGCCCGACGAUGUCUUCCUUUCUGAGGUGCUGCUUUAGACGUGAGCGCCUCUCUGAUGUUGUGGAGGCUGUGGCUGUCAAAUGCCCAGAUGCCGCAUGUUGUUGUGGGUGCUGCUCCGCCUUCAGGCCUCGCUACAAGAGACUGGUGGAUAACAUCUUCCCGGCGAUACCUGAGGAUGGACUAGUCAAGCCGAACAUGGAUAAGCUGAUGUGGUACGCGAUGAACUCCCCAGAUAAGCUGGACCGUAUAGGGGACUACCUGGCGCACCGACUCUACCGGGACAUAAACAGAAGAAAGACAGGGUACGUCAUCAUCUCUAUGGACGCUCUGGACCAGCUGUUAGUAUCCUGCCACGCCAACACUCUCAACCUGUUUGUGGAGUCUUUCCUGCAGAUGGUUCAGAAACUACUCGAGUCCACCGAACCGGCGCUGCAGCUCAGAGCAACACAAUCUUUUGAAAAAUUUGCAAAUAUUCGAGAGGACACGCCCUCGUACCACCGCCGAUACGAUUUCCUCGUCAGUAAGUUCUCCUCCAUGUGCUACUCCAGUGAAGACAACGAGGUUAUCAGAAAGCAACUCAGGACAGCUGGGAUAAAAGGUCUCCAGGGUGUCGUGCGUAAGACUGACUGGGAUAACUUGGGGGAGAACAUCUGGUUACCCACACACAUGGAGAAGAUCGUCCCCUCACUUCUGUACAACAUGCAGGGGAACAAGACCUACGUUGAGGGCACCACUCAGACGGGUGACGCCCCAGACAACCACCAGACGGAGGGAGAAAGAGAGCCUCACGUGCUGGCGGAGAUGUGUCUCAGGGAACUGGUCUCUCGUGCUACCUACGGCAAGAUACACAACGUGGUGAAGCCUCUCCUUAUCCACUUGGACCAUGAGGGACUGUGGGUCAACAACAGUUUUGCCGUACAGGUGUUCAAGAUCCUCAUGUUCUCCAUACAGGUGCAGUACAGCAUAACGGUAAUAGAGUUGAUCAUGUCACACCUCAACGAGAAGAGCUCCGAGCCUGCCCAGAUCCGCACCGGCAUUGCUGACGUCUUGUCCAAAAUCAUCCCCAUCGCUGCAGGAGAAUGUAUAGGUCCCUCUGUAAUCGAGAUCAUCAACUCUCUGCUGGAACACAUUCGGUCCUCGGUGGUGGGGGGAGCGAGCGGCAAGGAGGGGUCCGCCGAGAAGAUCUACCAGGAGACCCUCAUCCACGCCCUGGGAGAGUACGCCAACCACCUGCCCGACUACCAGAAGAUUGACUCCAUGGUGUUUAUUCUCAAUAAGGUGCCUGGUAGUGACAGAGUGGAUGAUGGAGGGUCAACAAGAUCCGAGGCAGAGGUCAAACUUCAGCACCUCCUCCUCAAGUCUCUACUCAAGGUUGGUACCAAGUACACGACGGAGCAGUACUCCAAAACGUUCGCCCAGUCGUUCUUGGUGCGCCUGAUGCGGCUCUCGGUGUCGAGUGAUGCAGCCGUGCGUCUGACUGUGCAGCAGAUCUUGCACACACUCAUUGACAGACAUCAGAAUAUCGAGAAGCUCACCAAGCCCACUUUGGAGAUCACAAGACUUGGACUCACACUCGGGAAACCUGUGCGCCAAGACGUGAACUUUUGGAAGAAAUCUGGCAAUGAGAUCCUGUUGUCGAUCCAGGAGAAUUGCGAGUUUGCCAACAACACUCUGGCCAACAUCGAGGCACUCUACGCCACUCUCAUGCUGCUGCUGACGGAGAUCCGCUGCGACGAUGUUAUUGUUGACAUCCUCAGAGUUCUCUUCCACGUGCAGGGUAUGGGACAGGGAGGAGCGGUCAGUGCUGUAGCGGCGAUCCAGCUGCACACACUGGUGGCCUCCGUCAUGGUGGUCAUCUCUCACCUAGUGUCUACCCUCAAGGAUCACGUGUCGGCUGUCAUCAAACUCAGGUCUGACAAAGCCCCACACCUUCUGCCAGAGUUGUUGUCUCACUACGACUCCAACUUACCCCACAGCAACCUGCCAGAGGACCUGCUCUUUGACAAUGCUAAAGUGCUGGAUCUUCUCGCUGGCACCAACUUGGACGAGAAGCGCCUCAAUGCCAGCGUGUCCAGCAUCAUGAGGCGCCACUCCACCACACAACACACAUCCUCUACUAUGGACAUCAACUCCAUCAGUGUGGAGGUGGACAGUGCAUGUUCCUCCCCAGGCCUCCCCAGGCGAUCACUGGAGGAGGAGAUCACCUUCGAGUCCCUGAAGAAGGUGCUGACAGAAAGCCCCGAGCAGAAGAGGAAGGCGGAUGAGGAGCGCCGCAAGCAGAUCACGGAGGCUUUCAUGACUGAGUCCUUCGAGGCUCUUGUGGCUAAGAUUCAGGCCAAGCAACCAGAUACUCUUCAGAACAAACUCACCGAGAUCUUCAACCGGCUCCCUCCAGCCUGCCCACCACCACAGCCAACUACGGCCAUGUCCUGUGACACAGCCGCUGGGCUCGCUGCCUCCUCCUCAAACUACCAACUACCGUACCCUGAUAUAUUUAUCUACUAGACCUUCAAGGUCUCUCUCUUGCACAAAGUUGUGUUUCUUUUGAGAAAGUGAAGCACUGUGCAGUUCUUUUGAGGUUCCUGAGUGUGGUAGCUUCCUUAACAUUAAUUCAUCAAAGGUCACUAAAAGGAUUCUGUACAAUUCACUUUCUAAAAGACACUCACUUGUUCUCAAUCAUAAGCAGCUGUGUUUUAUUGCCUCUUGCACAUAUAUAGCUUGAACAGUUAUAUGGCAUUUGGUUACUAUGCUGUUGAUACCUGAAGUCUUAUAAGAGCAUCUGCCCAGACCUGUGUGUCCAGUGUUAGGUGUUCAGUAAGUCUCACUAUGUGUCGAGACAAUACACAGAGCACAGUCAAGCACCUCUAAAUAUAAACUCACCAACAGCAUUACUUUUAACAUUACAUAUGAACCAUUUUAUGAAGCUUAUAUAUUUUUCACACUUAAAGUUCAUUUCUCUCAUAAACUUGAUGUGCUGUAAGUUCAUGAUUAACCAAAGUGGCUUCUCCAGUUUAUCUUAAAAGAAGAAACUUGACCUUUUUUCUGAUCCGCUCGAGUUGUUUGUUAAUAUUUCUCAGUGACACAAGUGAUAUUGUUCUAACAUGAUAAACUUCCCUUAACUGUGUAUAUUGGUAAGUAUAUAAUGUAUAUUUGACUCAGAAGUAUACAAGGUGUUGAUACAUUGUUAGUAGCUCUGGCGUGUGUGAGUAUAGAUACGACUAGAAAGAAUAGUGUCCGACACUGUACGGUAGCAUAGAAGAUGGUAUGAUGAUGUGGGUUUCAGUGCCCCAUUUAAAAGGUGCCCAUCUAGAGCCUCAGAGAGUGAACCAGAAUGGAUCCAACACAAAAUUUCCACCUCUAAACUGACUUGGGUAUUACAGAUGCCUUGUGUGUCCACCUGUAGACAGGCUAGACCUGAUAUAUCAAAAGAGAGAAGAACAAAAGAGUGAUAGGUGAUCCCUUCCUGUAAAAGGUAUCAGAAAGGCCACUAAAGUAAUCAAUGAUUCCAAUCAACACCAGGAUGUAUUAAUCUGUGUCCACAUACAGGUGUGGCAGCUGAGUGUGUACAGCACUUGCUUCCUAUCCUGAGGGUAACUCUUACCCAGGACUACCGUACCCAAGGCCACCCAGCUGUGAAUGGGUACCAGACUUUAAAAUUGGAGAAGUGAGGUUGGUUGAAUGUUGUGUUGGUCUAGCUGUUCCCUUGAGUGCUGAAGGCUUAGUGUUCAGUGUGCUGUAUCCACACUGCCCCUAAUGGGCCAUCAGACCAUUGCUACCCACUUUCAUAAGAGAAAAAUAGAACAGAAGUCUCUCUCUUAGAUCAGAACUUCUACUUUUAUUUAGGUAACUGACCGACCAUUUUGAGACCACAGUUCUUACUUGUGUUCAUCUUGGACCCCCAACAACUAAGGUGGAGUACAGACGGUGUUGUUCAUCCUCAUAAUGUUACUCAGUUCCCAUAAAUCCUUUGGAAAAAUAGAUGUUUCACUGAUUGUCUGUUGAAGUGCUAAUUUCUUCCAUGUUACUCAGAUGACAAUUUAAUGCAUUUAUGUUGUUAUUAAACCUGGUGUUAACUUACUCCCUUCUAACCUCUGCCUGAUGCUCCACAUCUUUUUUCUCAGUCAUCUGGUCAGAUUCCACUUAGGAUUAGUAUCGUGUGUGGCUCAGGAAGAGAGACUGUUAGUAUCAUCGUCAUACUAAAAGUUGUGUUUUUCGGUUUGGUUCUUCCUUCAGUCAUAUUUUAGGUUAUGUUCCCGUUGUUCGAGAGAGUCCCUUUUAUCUCGUGUUCAGUUGGUGCUGUGAGAGUUUAUAUACCAGUGAUGUUUAUUGUUUACAAGAUGUUUUAACAGGCAGAUGACACUUGAUUGUUGGUAGAUUUUGCUCGGAUUUUAUUUUAGCCUUUAGUCGAGAAAUUUUAUUCAUUAUUGUUUGUUCUUGAAUUAAAAAGGACAACUCUUAGCUUUGGUUCUGGUCUUACAACUUGUGGAUUUUCUCUACAUCCAUUGUUUAACUCUUGUUUGUUUCUCUUCUAAAGGUUUUGACAUUAAAUGAUGAAAUCUUAAUUCACUUUUUUUUUCUCUUCUUGGUCUCGUUCCAAAGAGACAUCGCAAGUAGGUACGUUUUAACUAGUUUGUGUGAAUGUUAAUGCUCGAUUCUUAUUAAUGGUCAGUGUGCUUGACAAUUGUGAUAACCUAUUUUGUUCUUUAAGUUCCCUGCAUGGGUUAUCUUGCCUUGCUCCUUCUGUCCACAAUCAUCAUAUUUCCUCAUCCCAUACUUGCAGGUUCUUCCUUACUACAACAUAACACAGGUGACCAAGAGACCAAAACAAAACAACACAUGCUCUCUCUCAUCGCCAUAUGGUCUCUCUAGUCGCCUCACCACAUCUGGGCAUCUGUCCUAAUUUAAUUCAGUUGUGAGGAAGAGAAUCUGCUUUAAAGUAUGAGAAACUCUUUUUUUUUUAAUCCCUGUGUAGUUUUGAAUCUUUUUAGUGAAGGUAUUACUGUAUCCCUCAUCUUGCCUCCUUAACCCUGUACUCUUGGUGUUCUCUGUAAUUGAAGGUCUGGAUGGAUGUGUGAUAGAGAGCUAUUCCUCCCUCCCCAGUGCCACCAUAAACCACACAUGUACUCUACAGUCAUGGGGGAAAAAGUGUCAUCAGUCCUCCGUCCCACCCAUGAACCCCGAGACUCUUGAACCAGUGAAUCCGACACAUCACACAUCGAGCCAUCUGUGAACCCAACGCUGUACAUUGUCUCGGAUUCACAGGUUCAUGGAUGGGACGGUGGACUGACAGAACUUUUUUUUUUUUUUUCGUGACUGUAAUUGCCACCAAAUCUUCCCUUCUUGCAGUUUUCCAUCGGGGCUCUUCUAAGUAUCAAGUUCGUCUUAGGUCAUCCUCUGAAGUUAACUCGACCUGUUUGUGGGAGAAAAAAAAAAAAGAUAUCCAUUAUCUAGAAAAAACACUCUCAAUGUACUUAACCAAAGACCAUUGUACUAUGUGAUGUAUUCUAUGAUAGAUAUUUUAAUGAGACAAAGGGUUACCAGCAGUUUGAUAUGUCUAAUUGUCUUCAUAAGGACCAACUACACUUGUCACUUGAGAUAAACAGAUUGAAGAAUUAAGUUAUGUAUCGUCACCAUCAAUAACGUUCUUUUCCCUAUUAAUUUUGCCAUAAGAACAUCAUGAUCAAUUGCAAUGAUCAUGUCACCCAAGUGUGCAGUGGAUGUGAUAGUUUACUGUAGAAUCCUAGUGUUUACUUAUUUGAAUUUUAUUUUUUAUCAACAAUUUUAACUGUACUCUUUUUUUUGGACAGAUGCAUUAUAUUGUAUUAGUAUUUUGAGAGAGAUUUACAAGACAAAAAUAUACAAUAUAGUAUUUUAAUCUUGAAAUAUUAAACGGCAGAAUUAAAUAAGGAACCAUAAUUCUUUUUUAUCAUUAGUAAAUACUCAACAUGUUUUUUACGAUUUAUAGAUACGUUAGUGAAAAGACUGCAUCGUAGAACUGACUAUAGUCGUGUGGGUGUCAAGCUGUAAGGAGAUAUCAUGGAGGUGUGUUAUAGUGUCAUGCCAGUACAGUAUACUCAGUUACAAGUAAACAAAAUCACUGUUGACUUUCGGUGCAGAAUAUUGUGUUUAAUAGGAAGGGAAUAGAUUUUUUUUUAAGAUAGGGAGGAUUUGGUAUCUGGUUUUGAAAUCAGUAGUAGAAUUACCUACCAGUUGUCAUACUAUCAAAAUACUUAUUAUUUAUAUACCCUGUACCUGCUUUCCUGCCUUGUGAGAAUUCUAAACUCAAAUAUUAAUUCCUCAAAGUGUUCAAACAAAUCCAACCUUAAAAUACUUGCAUGGUUUUUAUUUUUUUUUAUUUUUUAUUUACUGAUCUACAUAGAUAGCUUUUGUUUCUCUCAGACACUAUAAAGGGAUAGUAACUGUAGUCCCAAUACUUUUAUUAUAUCUACAUCUCUGAAAUAUAUCUAUCUUAUCUGGUAAAUACAGUACAGUACAGAUCAGAGACAUACCCAAGUGUUGUAAAUAAAAUCUGUACUAUGUGUGUGGUUAUAGAGUCCUUCACACAACAGGCUGAGAGGAUUGUGGGAACAGCUUCACAAAACCACUGUAUAAUAUGAAGUUAAUGGUAGGAAGUUUUGCUACUGAUUAUCACUGAAGUUAUAGUAUGUGUAUGGGAUAUUAGCAGCAGGUAUAUUACUUGUUACUGUUCAUUUCAGACCCCCGUAGAUGUUAUAUAAUCUGUGAGUUGUUCACGCUGUCUUAUAUUAGGACUCUAGAUGAAACUAACUGUUAUUACCACAGAGAAUAUGACCCAUCAAUAGAAGACUGUGUAUAGUAGUCCUGUCACUAAUAAUUGUAAUGAUUUUCUGUGGCUCUGAGUUAACAAAACAUUUGGUUUGUUACAUAAUAAUACACAUAACUUUUAAUGUUGAGCUAAAUGUCCUGAAGAAUAUGUGAAUAAUUUAAUGUGACUGGUAAGUGACAAUAUUCAUGUUUACACUUAAGAUGUGGUCAGUGUGGUCACCCAGUCUGACCUCCUCUGUUGCAGAAUCAUCCCAAGGACCAGAUGUGCAGUUUAACUCCCUCAUAUAUUAUAUACUCUUGAUGUUAACAUUUUGACAUUUAAGUAUACAGAAGAUAAAGAAGAUUAUAGUCUCAAAUGGUACAAAUUUUUUGCUUAUUAGCAAUUAAUUUAUAGUCAGGGGACAGGUGGAAUAAUAGUGAGGUGACAGUUUUGAAUAAAUGUAGGGAUAUACUUCAUAGCCCAAAUUCUUCAUUACCACACGUUCAUUUUGUGAUAAUUAGCAGGCAAGGGUUGAAGAAGACGGCUGUGAUUAUCAGAGGAAUUAUAGGAUUACUUAAGGUUUACAGUCAAGAACUUAUUGAUAAUUACUAGUAAUAUCUUCACUCACUUAAUGAUUUAGUAGAUGUCAUGACCUUGUCUUCAGUAGGACCCCUUAGCCUGGUGGUUACGUUCCUUUACAGUCCAGUACGGUAUUUCCCUCAUUUAUUCAGUUAAUCAUAAUUUGCCAGUAUUUACAUUCUCUGUACAUCCGAAGGUGGAUACCUACCGAAAUGUAAAAGUGCUAUUGUUUUAGCUCUAUGUCUGUUGAUUGUAAAGACAGUCCAAUUAAAAGACAAACAAUA